UCAUCAAAUUGCUUUGAUGACCACCGCGGGCACCAGAAAGCUCCAAAGGUGGAAUUUGCUUAGGCUUACCGGAUUCGAUAGGGCACAUUCAAAAACGUUCAUCGCUGUUUUCAAAGACAGCAAGACACUUUACGAGUCACUUGAAGAAGGUUAGAGCAGUGCGGUCCUAUUCUGGCACCCUAUCACAAUUUGCCUAACAAAAUUUUUCAAUACGAGGAUCCCCAUAUCAAAUGAUAAUGUGUGGCAAGGGGGCCACCAGCAAGGGAGUAUUCGUAUUUGGCUAAAACGAUGAAACCAGCUGUUAACGGAAGGCUAUUUCACUAUGAUGUCAUUGAUUUAUUCUAGAUGUUCUAUUGAUGGACUAUAUAUAGUUUCUGACGGGGUCAGUAUCACAUAUCUUUUUAUUCUCGACCAUGAUUUUAAGCAGAGCAUCAAAACAACUCGACUAUCAAAAUGCCAAUGAAGAGACCAGUACACAAAACAUCUUCCUGGGCCGCGCAUGAGGUACUCGAAAGACCUUUGAGCAACAAAAUUGAAACCCCGAUCCCCCUCCAAGAACUUAAGAAUGCUCUAGCAAACAUGCGUCUCAACCCAAAAUAUAGUGACUUCACCAUUUUGUGCGGUGAAGAGUCCUUCCCUGCCCAUAAAUGUAUAGUUUGCGCGCAGUCAGGAUUCUUCUCUGGUGCCAUGGAUGGAGAUUUCAUCGAAGCUACCACAAAUUCCGUUGAGAUGCAAGAAGAUCCGACUUUGGUGAAGCAAGCGAUUGAGUACUUAUACACUUUGGACUACCGAGUCAUAUCUCACAAUGCAACAGAGCGAAGCCGAGAACAUGGCGAUGAAUUGAGCCUCACAAGCUCGAGUUGCCAAGUUCCUCAUGGUGAAGUGGUUACAUCUACAAUGCAGGAGACUCCGGGGACCUCAGGUCAAUAUCCUGAUCCAACCGAUGCUGGAAAUACCACUCCUAUGCUUGACCCUCUCUCAUUCCAUAUACUUAUGUACUCCCUCGCGGACCGACUCAUCAUCAAUGGAUUGAAAGCCCUCGCCAAAAAAAAGGUUGAAUAUGAAAUGGCUCAAAGACUAGACGCGGUUUCGUUCCCGCAGUCAGUCAUGGAAAUCUACAAUUCAACGCCCAAAAGUGACAGAGGUCUAAGGGACCUUGCCGUGGACAUCACUUUGCGUAACCUAUCUCUGUUGAGACGGAAAGAUGAAGCAGCUGAUGCUAUCUUCCAAGACACUCUCCUUGAUUCCGUUCCACAAUUCUCACGUGACUUACUGAUGGCGAUGAUGAAGAAGUCCGUGACCACAUGAAGUAAAGUGAGAGCUGUGGAAGGAAUUGGGCUGAGCAGAAUGAAUGGUGAAAAUGGAUUUAUCACUGCCAUUAUCCUUCUUGGUUUGAGAGCUGAGGAAUGUUCUAACUACCAAAAGUAACACAUUCUCUGCACCUUAUCACUGUACUGGUACUUGCGUCCAAGAGGCACUCUUCUCACUUAAGUACCGUACAACCGGGACCCGAUGCUCAUCCAUCGUGAGCUUUGAACCGCAUUGCUACAUGUACUUCCCAACUGAUCCUUUUUGAAACUGCGUCUUA